AAGUAAAUGGGAUGAAAGCUCAAGUCACUAGGUCAGCAGGUCGAACAUUCAAAGCUUCUUAACUGUAGCAGGUGGAAGGAGGAGGAGGAGGAGGAGGAGGAAGCACCCUGGACUCCGCGCGGAGUGUGGAAAGACAUCAGUGGUCUUAUCAUUUACCUGUGCCACAUUUACUUUGCUCGUAUUCGCGCUGUGUCUUCACGAUGGACACAUGGACAGUGUAAAGAAAGCGUCACCAAACAGGGGAAGGCUGUUCCGUACGCACAGACCAAGUGCGCAAAUGUCUGCUAUGAGAAUGGAUAGAGACCGAAAGAGUUGGCACUCCUUGGAGAGCUCGAGUACGGACAGAAGGAGUGCUGCUAGGGCGAUGAUAAGGGAUGAAGAGCGCGGACAGCACUGGACCGUCAUUCUCCUGCUCUCGCUCGCGCUGCAGCCGCAGAAAUCGUUUUCUCUGGUGAUCGAGGCUCUGGACCAUGACAAUGAAACAUCAGAGGCAGGUAGGGAGGAAUUAAUAGAGCGAGUGAUGCUGUCCUCCAUGCUGAACCCAGGUGAGCAGUGGCAGUCCUUCCGGCAUCACGGCCGCACAUUCACUCUGGAAUACCGCCUGCGAUUCCGCUGUGACACCAAUUACUACGGCCCACUCUGCAACAAACUCUGCCGAGCACGAGAUGACUUUUUUGGCCAUUUCGACUGUGAUCCUUCUGGUACUAAGGUGUGUAAGGAGGGCUGGACUGGAGCAGAGUGCAGACAGGCGGUGUGUAAGCAGGGAUGUCACUUGGAACACGGCUCCUGCGAUCUGCCUGGAGAUUGCAAAUGUCAUUAUGGCUGGAAGGGUGAUCUGUGCGAUGAGUGUGAGACGUUUCCUGGGUGUGAUCACGGCACUUGCACUGAACCCUGGAAGUGUGUGUGUGACACAAAUUGGGGCGGCCUGCUCUGUGACAAAGAUCUGAAUUAUUGUGGUAACCAUCAGCCAUGCAAGAACGGUGGUACAUGUACCAACACUGAACCCAACGAGUAUCUGUGUGUGUGCCAGGAGGGUUUCCGUGGCCGCAAUUGUGACAUCGUGGAGCACGCCUGUCUCUCCUCUCCAUGUGAGAAUGGUGGAACAUGUGUUGAAGACCCAACAGGCUUUAGCUGCGUGUGUGCGCAGGGCUGGACGGGACCUUCCUGUGCCUCCGCAGUGUUGCAGUGUGACUCCAAUCCUUGUGGGCGCGGGGCCACGUGUCAAGAGAUGCCACAGGGUUUCCAGUGUGUGUGUCCUCCGUUCUGGACCGGCAGAACCUGCCAGCUCGACACUAAUGAAUGUGAGACUGGCGUGUGUGUCAAUGCCCGUUCCUGCCGUAAUCUGAUUGGAGGAUAUUUGUGUGACUGCCUUCCCGGUUGGUCGGGACCAAACUGUGACAUCCGGAACAGUAGCUGCCAGGGCUUGUGUCUGAAUGGAAGACACUGUAAGGACUCUCAGUGUGUGUGUUUGCCGGGUUUCUCUGGUAAACUGUGCCAGACAGCAGUAAACGCCUGUGACAGCAACCCUUGUGUAAAUGGAGGGCAGUGUGUGGAGCGUCAGGGUGGCAGAGGCAUGUUCUGCAGCUGCCCGCUGGGAUACACUGGCACCAACUGUGAGGUGGAACUUGAUCUUUGUAAUCCCAACCCCUGCCCCAAGGGGGUGCCAUGCCAUAGUACAGAAGGAGGCUACAAGUGCACAUGUCCUGAGGGUUACUUUGGAAAUGAGUGCCUGAGCCUGAAGGAUCCAUGCCAUGAACCCCACUGCCAAGGUGCAGUGUCAGAACCAGGUGGAGCUGGGUUCAGUGUUUAUAUGGUGUUGGUGGGGGUAUUUGCCCUGCUUGUGGCAGGCAGCUGCUCUGUGUGCGCUCUACUGCUGUCCCGCCUGCACCGCCGCCACCGGACCAAAGCGCAGCUACGUUCUUCAGCGCCCGAGGACAACGCUAUCAACAACCAGCGGCAGUUCUGCACUCUCAUCCGUAACCUCGACCACAGCGUGGCCCUGCUGCCUCCUGCCCAAACAGUGCCCACCUCAGUGCCCACUGUGCUCUGCAGUGAAGAGAUUGAACUUACACUUCCUCCCUCUCCAGCUCUAAAACCAGCCCACGGGCCCAAGAUGGACAUUUGCAACCGCGAACGGGAAAAACUAAACCGUUUCCACUAUGCAGAGAACCAGGAACUGGAGGUGUGACCGCACUUUGACCGCUGGGAAGGUACCGGACUUCUUAGUUGGGAGGGUCUGUUGUGGUUGAUGUAUCUUAAUCAACCUCUGCUGGUGAACCUUGACCUCUGAGCUCUGCGUUAUAGAGAUCUGAGAGGGUUGAAACUGGGAAGGGAAUUUUGGCACAGUCACGGGCUGAAGAAACUGACAGGCCAGGUCCAAAAUUUUAACACACUUGCCAAUGGUGGGUAAACUGAGAAUAUUUAACAGCCA